AGAAAUGGCUACUGAGUGGUCUUUACAAGAGGAAAUCAUUUUUCGAGGUGAACCAUAUCUAGUAUCGUUCAAUGCUGAUGAUGACGAAAAAUUCUCAGUCGAAGUUCAGUCAAGUGUUUCGGCUGACCAAUGGAGAGCAUCUUUUGAGAAAGAUUAUAUCGAAGAGCUCACUCAUAAAACUGGCAACUUCAAGCAAUUUGAUAUAUUUGCAAAUAUGCUAGAAAACGCAAUCACUGAAAGCAGUGAUGCUGUUUCACUUGAGCUUUUAACGUAUUCGGAUUUGGAAAAUUUAAGGAGUCAAAAGAAUGGAAACAUCACGAGCACACGACAACCAGUGUCUGCUCAUGCUAAAAAGGGUGAACUUACCUCAAAAAGAUAUCUAAUUUUGAUUUAUUCAGUUGAGUUCGACAGAAUACACUAUCCACUACCAUUGCCAUACAUGGGUAAACCGGACCCUGUUGAACUACAAAACGAAGUGCGCGCAUUGAAACAACAAUUGAGUAUAAAUUUGUCUCAAAUGUCAUCAGUUAAAAUUGACGAUAAUCAAAAAAUGCUCACUAGAAGAUUGAAAGACGAAAUAACCAGGCUGCAAAACGAAAAAGAAGAAAUUAUUCACGAGUUUGAGCUGUUCAAAAAAGAAGUCAAAGACUCCACUAAGACGAGCCUAGUUGCCAAAGAGAUGAAAGUUCUAAAAGGUGUAAUUAAAAAUCUGGAAGCUGAACUGCUAAGAGAGAAAUCUAAGCACCAGAAAGCUAUAAAUAAAUUAAACCAUGAGUACAACCAGCUUCUAGAUGAGAUCGAGGAAAGUAAAUCAAAUGAAAGAUCACUUCGAUCCAGGGUCAAAAACCUGACGGCUGAGCUCAACAUGGUUAAAGGUCGCUCUAAUGGUUACAACAGUAAUCUAACGUCACAACGAGUUAGUUCGCCAAAAAUGUCGCCAAGGUUGCCUAAGAAUUCGCCUGGAGUCAGCAGCCAGAACUCAUCACAAGCCAAAUACUUAAACGGAACGUCAGCACUCCAAAAAUCAACUCGAUCAAACAAGGUCGAAACUGAUUUUAGAGGAAGACAAAGGAAACGAACCAACUCUUUCGAGGACUUGCGAGUUGGAGCUCGUGGUAAUAAUAGAAGUCUAAGCAGAGAGUUACCCGUAAAUGGUGCAAGUAUGAGCCAUAGGUCACGUUCAAGGUCGCCAAGUGGAAGCACUUCUUCACGAACGAGAUUCGAUCCUACGAGUUAUAUCAAAGAAAAAGCAAUGAAGCACCAGGAAAAUAAAUUAAGACGAAGUGCGGAGCAGCUUCCUCAAAACAGACGUAGAAGAAUAUCUGCGAACGCUUCCGUGUCAUCGCAAAGAGGGAGGUCAUCUUCUUAUGAUCGGAGCAGUAGAGUCAUUGCGCCUCUAAAGACAUCUCAGAGGGGAGCUGGCUUUACAUCAGGCGAGGAAUCAGACGCGUCAUCACUAGCUAGUCGAAGAUCACGAAACUCCACGUCAGGCAGAAUUCUCACUAAGAAGAAUGGUCUGAACUCAUCUAAGGGAAGCAUCAGAAGUAAUAACGGCUCACUGCGAAAAGAUAGCGUCCCAAAGCCAAGAGCUUCAGAUCAUAUUUCGCCUCGUGAUUUGACUGCUGCAGUUAAUCGGUCUUUGCAAGCCACAGAACGCAGCCAAACUUCAAAUUUGGAUGUUCUUAAUCAGUCGGCAGAUUUGGAAGAUAUCGAUGCACGAUUAAAUGCACUUCAGGAAUUCAUGAAGCUAAAUCUCUAAUUCUAAUUUUGGCUGCCUUUUCUUGAAUAUAUGAGAACUGCUUAUCAGAACUUCUUGCCUUAUCGCAAUUGUAAAUAUGUGAAUAGUUUCUAGUUUGCCACCUUGUUUUAAUUUGACUACAAUUUUUCUGU